GAAGUGAGGUAGCAUUCGGUUACGCAUCCAGUCGUCGCCCUCGCGCAAGGUUACAGGUGUAUUAACGUCAGGAGAGAAGGAAAAAAAAAACAAGGAAGUGACGUAGGCGCUCACGAGACUCGGAAUCAGAUUAAACCGUCGGAUAACCGUCAAAAAUACGAGCUGCUUUUUUCAGACGACGGGAGAAGAGGAGGAGGAGGUGGAGGAGAAGGAAUUAACCGGUAUGAGCACGUUUUGUGUCUGUGGACCUCGUUUUAAUCCUUCUGCCUCUCGGUUUGAUGUUGUUCUUGUCCAGGUUUUGCAUCCAAACACCGGGAGACGUGGAGCUGUGACGUUUUACACGUUUUUUUUCUCCUUUCUAAACGACACGUAUGGACGUUUUAGACGUUUUUAUCACGAUAAGAUUGGCGUGUUUGCUCGUUGAUGUGAAUUUCCUCGGAUGCGAGUGUCAGGUGAAGUGGAAAAGCGAGGAAAGGGCAGGGAGUGAAGAAGAAGGGCUUGGAUUCGGAGAUUUUCGUCAGACGUGGCAGAAAGACAUGCUCACCAGCCUCACCACAGGUCUCCUGAUCUCAAGCCAAUCCUUCCAUUAUUAAAGUCUCUUUGCCUACCCUCAUUUUUGUCAGGCAGCUGCCCAUGCACAUGCACGGCACCAUGGGUAGCUCCCCAGAGGUGCUGUCCUGGACCUCUUGCCCUAGCCUGCUGGUGGGAAAGCUCAAAGAAGAGCUCAAGCUCACCGUGGUGGGAGACGCUCUGAAGAAAGCCAAUACCAACACCUCCCCUUCUCCCCAAGCCCCACCACUAGCUCCUCCUCCACAGAUCAUCACCGACCUGGCACCACCUACCAGCCUCCCCAUGCCCCUGCAGCCAGGCCGAGAAGAUGACUUGGGUGUGAGCGCCAGCAGCCCACCCUGCACGGCGCUCAGCGAGGACUCGAGCCGAGAGCAGGGCCACUUCGAGAACAGCGUGCUGCAGCUGCAGGAGCAUGAAGAGGAACACAACACUGAGCACAAGGAGCACGGGUCCUGCGGGGAAGAGGGCAACGAGGACGGAGGCUGUAACAUGGACCACGCCGACCAACAUCAUCAUGACGAUAUCAAACUUCACUUCCACCGAGCCAACACGGGGGGAAGCGGCUUCCUGGAAGGCUUGUUCGGUUGCUUAAAGCCUGUUUGGAAUAUCAUAGGGAAGACCUACUCGACCGAUUACAAGCUUCAGCAGCAAGAUAUGUGGGAGGUUCCAUUCGAGGAGAUUUCCGAGCUACAGUGGUUGGGAAGUGGAGCUCAGGGCGCCGUCUUCCUGGGAAAGUUCCACUCUGAAGAAGUGGCCAUCAAGAAGGUCCGAGAGCAGAAAGAGACGGAUAUCAAACACCUCCGCAAACUGAAACACCCCAACAUCAUCGGUUUCAAGGGUGUGUGCACACAGGCUCCAUGUUACUGCAUUAUCAUGGAGUACUGUGCUCAGGGGCAGCUGUAUGAGGUACUCCGGGCAGGGAGGAAGGUAACUCCCCGUCUCUUAGUGGACUGGGCGUCAGGCAUCGCCAGCGGCAUGAACUACCUUCACCUCCACAAGAUCAUCCACAGAGACCUCAAAUCACCAAAUGUGUUAGUCACUCAUAACGAUGCUGUGAAGAUCUCCGACUUUGGGACAUCCAAAGAGCUGAGUGAUAAGAGCACUAAGAUGUCAUUUGCCGGCACGGUGGCCUGGAUGGCUCCAGAGGUGAUCCGUAACGAACCUGUGUCUGAGAAAGUGGACAUCUGGUCAUUUGGUGUGGUCUUAUGGGAGCUCCUGACUGGAGAGAUCCCCUAUAAAGAUGUGGAUUCCUCUGCUAUAAUUUGGGGAGUAGGGAGUAACAGUCUGCACCUUCCCGUGCCCUCCACCUGCCCUGACGGCUUCAAAAUCCUCAUGAAACAGACAUGGCAGGGAAAGCCCAGAAACCGACCAUCCUUCAGACAGAUCCUACUGCACCUGGACAUCGCCUCUGCAGACGUGCUGGGAGCCCCGCAGGAGACGUACUUUAAAUCUCAGGCUGAGUGGAGAGAGGAAGUGAAGAAGCAUUUUGAAAAGAUAAAAAGCGAAGGAACGUGUAUCCACCGCUUGGACGAAGAACUGAUACGGCGCAGAAGAGAUGAACUCAGGCAUGCACUGGACAUUCGAGAGCAUUACGAGAGGAAGCUAGAAAGGGCUAAUAACCUGUACAUGGAGCUGAGUGCGAUCAUGCUACAGCUGGAAGUGCGAGAGAAAGAGCUGAUGAACAGAAGGGAACAAGCUGUAGAGAAAAAAUACCCCGGCCAGUACAAACGCCACAUAGUGCGACCCAUCGUCCGACCCAACGCUGUCGAGAAGCUCAUCAGAAAGAAAGGCAGCGUGAACCACAAACCUGGCACACAGACUCCCAAGAGGCCUGAUCUGUUGCGGUCUGAUGGAAUCUCCAGUGUGGAGGCUUUCCCAGUGUCCUCUCCUCUCUCAGGCAGCCCAAGGGUUUCCACUCCUCCUGGGAAAGCUCGCUACCGCAGCAAACCACGCCACCGCCGCACCAACAGCAAGGGCAGCCACAACGAGUUUCCCGGGGUCCUGAAACCUAAUGUCAACAUGACUGAGGAACAGCAGCCACUGCAGCCUCAGCAGUACCAUCAUAAUAAUCAUCAUCAUCUUCACCAUCACCAUCCUCAUCAGCUACCACCUGAGAGCCCCCUGCUCCCUCUGCAGAUGCGAGACAACGCAACAGCUACAUGUGCCAGCGAGCUGCGCUACUUUGGCCCUGCCGCAGCACUACGCAGCCCUCACACCGAGCACCUUCAGCGCUCCAGCCCCGACCUCAUCAACAACACUUUAGAAGCCGAUGCACGGCAGCAUGCAGCUACUGGGCCAGCUGCUCUCUGCCCUUGCUGCCAGGGUCACCCACUUCCCGGGUGUUUGAGGUGCCAGGACAUGUUGCCUGAUUCCUCUCUGGUCAAUACACGUGAGGGCCAAGAUGGAGGAGGUAUGGAGGGACAGCAGCAGCCCAAGCAAGGCGACUCUCAACAGAACAGCCUCCCACGCCCCCUCAGAACCCUCAGCAAGGCUGGGGAUGACUCAUCUGAGGAAGAGGAGGGAGAGGUUGACAGUGAAGUAGAGUUUCCACGGAGACAGAGGCCUCACCGGUGCAUGAGCAGCUUUCAGUCAUACUCGACAUUCAGCUCGGAGAAUCUGUCCGUGUCGGAUGGGGAGGAGGGAAACACAAGCGAGCACUCGCACAGCGGACCUCUAGAGGCACUGAGCGCCAGUCAGGAGGAGCAUCUGGACGAGCUGCUUUCACACACACCAGAGAUCCCCAUCGACAUCUCCAUGCAGUCUGACGGCCUCUCGGAUAAAGAAUGUGCUGUGCGCCGGGUCAAGACUCAGAUCUCCCUGGGCAAGCUGUGUGCCGAUGAGCAUAGUUAUGAGAAUCCGCUGCACUUUGGCGAUUCUGACUGCGACUCUUCAGAGGCCGAGUGCUCCGACGCCACCAUCAGGAACAAGCAUCCGUGUGCUCCUUCUUCCUGGUGAGCUCCUCCCUCAGGUCCCACCAUCUAGGAGGAGAGCCACAGCAAUGUGGGCCUGUUGGGGCCUGUUGUAAAAGACCACGUCCCUUUGCUCAUCCAGUCCCCCGCCCUCUAUCUCAAGCCCCACCCAUCCGAGUAAGCUCAGGCAACUCUGGACUGACAAUGUAGCUGGUGUAACAUUCAUAAUUUAUUUUUCUGCAUUCAAGGCGAAAACAAAAAUAAUAGAAAUCAGGACAUCUUUUAAAUCCUAGCCUAGAACAAAAUGACAAGAACGAACGAGCGUAUCGGGUUGGAAUGGAACAAAAGGUGCAAACUUGCAACCAGAAACAUGGCGAUCAAGGAUUGUGUGUGUGAGUGGGAUAGAUUUUUGGUGGUGGAGAGUAUAGUAAAGACCACUUUUGAAUAAAGAUCACUCUGAUUAAACACGGGACCCUUUAACAUCAACGCAAGCAGCCAGAUCUGCCCUUUUUGGCUAAGAAGCUGAGACACGCUAGCUACCUGGUAAAGCUUGAGUUUCUAAUAAACAAUGCCCUCGGAUGUCAGGGUCACUUUGGUUUGAGCACCAGCAUGAACAGCACCUGUCGGUCCUCUCUGGGUCUUUUUAUUUAUUUAUUCUUUUUUUUUUUUUUUUUUUCUUUUCCAUCUCUCAUCUCUAACACCACAGACCCAUGUGGAGUCUCAGCAUGCCAGUUGGAGAACCAAUCAGACUUUGCUGCUGCGCUUGUCAGACACACCUUUUCAAAAUGACGCACAAAAGAAUCUGUGUCAGAAAUCCCUGGAAUCAGUGUUGAAGCUGGCGGAAAGCAGUCCAGCUUUUCCCUCUCACCUCAGGCCAGAACUUGUGAAGGAUUAUAAGACUGGAAGAUGACGAGAGCACAUUCCUUUCCAUGUGUGGCUCCAUGUCGAGACCCAAGUUUCUCCUGAAGUUUCCCUGUACUUCAGUUCUUUAAUCUCGUAUCAGUUUUUUCCAUUCGAGGUUGUUUGUAUAUUUAACGAUUUAGUUGAUUUGAAGAUGCAGCAACCCCUUAAAUCCCUCAGGACUUGCCGUAAUUUGUUCCGUUUUUGUUUGUACUUGAAGUGAGACUGAAUGUCUAGUGUGAGGCACGCACCUUUUGGACACGCUCUAAAGGUUCAGCAAUAACGCAGGUUCUGCUCAGGCUUAAGAGAAUCUAGCUCAGGAGGACUGUCUAGCUGGCUGGACAGACGCACUGGCAGGUUGUAGUGACGGCAGGUAGUUCUAGGAAAAGUCACAUUUAAAAAAAAUAAUAAUAAGCGUCUAUUUUUUGAGACUUUUUGUGUUGCUCUAAAUCACCACCUGCGUUUUGAUGAUUUGAUGCUCAGGUUAAGUUUGACGCACAGUGCAGCUCUUUUCUUCAGCAUACUAGCAGUGGUACUCCACUAGAGGGAGACAGAUCUGUGUGUUGUGUUGCUGUGUUAGAAACCCAAGCAACAUUCCUUUUCUAUUCGUCUCAAUGCUAGGAGUAGGUUUUAUCGGGAUUAAAGCGGUUAAUCCUACUGAUGUAAUCUGUAUUUUACGUUCACAAAAACGAGGGAUGCUGCAUCUUUUAUCAUUGAUAAUACACUGUAUUCAUUACCCUUGUGUGUGUUUUGGUGUGAGUGUGUAUGCUUGUGUAGUAGUUUAGACAAGACGGCCAGUUCAAUUUAAAAAACGGUCAGGUUUAGACACAUACGAGAGAGAGACGGCUUCUAUUUUAUUUUAUUUUAUUUUUUUAUUUUAUUUUAUCGAUUUGACAGGGUUCGCUUGUAUGUCGAAGUCUUGCACCCAAAUGCAUUCGCAGCAAAUGAACAAAGAAAGAAUUUCAUCACCCAAGCCUGUUUACUUAAGCCUGUUUGACACAAAUCUUAUUUCUAGUGUAUUCCAUCGACCAGCACGAUUCAGAUUGGGUGUGUGUGUGUGGGGAGGGGGGGGAUGCUUUCUGUCUGAAUGAGAAGGCUUGUUAGUCUUUGUCUUUUAACCAGUGAUCUAGGACAACUUCUGGACACGCACCAACCUCAUUUUUCCUUGUUUACGUCUUUUAAGAAACUUCUGUGAUUUUAUUCCACAGAAAUCAGACAGGUAUUGAGAGUAAAAUACAAUAAUGUCUUUCCAUCUGCAGCACUAUAAUGUUUUCUGUAUAGCUGGGAUUAUUUGUUGUGUUAAUUUAAUUUCCCUACCUUUUCUUUUUGUAGCUGGCCUACACGGUCUUUGGAUUAAUUUAUUUUGGACUACUAGCUUAGAAUCAUGUUAGUUUUCCUAAUCUUAACUAUUUUUUGUCUUGUAUAAUUAUUCAUUUGUGAAGUAUUUCUGGGAAGAGAGCGUUCAGUCUUUUUCUGAAAGAACAUCUUUUGAAGACCCUGAAAUCAUGUUUCAGUAUUUUUUGGAAUCUGGUUAUACAAGUAAUAAAAUCCUUCUCACAGAGAGAUCAUGAAAUCAUUAGCACUUAGUUCUUACUGUACCUUAGAACGAGGAAAAGCUUCUUGUUAAGACAUUUAAUCUUUAUUAUCCAGUGGUAUUUGUUAGAUUAUAGAAUGAAGUUUACACAGAGGUGCACGGAGUCCCGGGAUGGGUCCUAUUUAAUUAGCACAUGUAAUUCGAGUUACUGGGGAACAGUUUAAUAGUUUAACAGUUUAACACAAAGGUUCUCUUAUAUCACAUGCAAGCAGAGGUUUGGGAAAGCUAACAAAAAACCGAGUUCUCUUUAGCGUGUUAUUUGUCGUGCUGUCUGUAUUUCAUGAUCUGAUGGAUAAAGGCUGGAUGCUCUCAGUAUUUAAAUCAGGUUGAAACUGUACUAUUAAGUCAAAAUUUUCUCUGCAAACUCGACAAACAUCUCGCUGUAUCGCUCUGUAUUUCUCCGCUUUUCUCUGUUUGUCGGUGCAUCCGUCUUUAUUCCUUCCCACGUUCUUUCUCAUUCCGUUUUCAAACAGUGCAUAAACAGUUAUUUUGUUAUAAACUAUUUUUGUGCAGAACGUGUUAAAACUCUGAGCUAUUUUUCUUCUCCUUCAGUAUGUUUCUUACUCAUGUCCCACCUCCCCUUUCCCUUUGCUUGAAUGGCGUUCUGAUCAACCAACCCUGACGGUUUCCUGUAUUAGCCUGUGUACAGUGCAGUGGGAUCAGGAAGGAAUAAAAUCAAAAGCAAACAACUGCAUGGAAUAAAACGCUGAUGUACUGUA